UCGUUUCAUCGUCUUCCUCGUUCCUGCUUCAUUUUCACUCGUUCCUGUUCAGACAUCGUUCCAAUUUGCCGCGAUGUCAUCACAUUACCACUGCAAAUAAAAUUAACUCGAGUGGUUGGAUGCGUUCCAUUAAUGGCUUCUACGCCCUUUUCACCUUCCAAUUCUCCGCGCCUCAUAACCGGUCAGGACAAGAUUUUACCCGCAAGGCCGGCGGAUUUCGGUCAAAUCCCUUCGUGGGUCUCCCUCAACCGCGCUUCUUCGGUGAAAUCUCCUCCCACCCAGCACGGUCAAGUAGAGAACUUGCAUUUGUUAUCUCUGUCCAGGCAGGGGAAAUUCGAACAAGUUCAUGAGUUCAUCAAGACUAUGGACGAAGCCGGCAUUGCCGUCAGUCUCUCCACGUAUAAAUCCCUCUUCGAAACGUGUGGGGAGAUGGGACGUUUAUCGGACGGGAGAUUGAUUCGCGAUCGGUUAAGGAACCCACCUGGGUUUCUUGAAGAUUGCGCUCUCCAAAUGUAUUGUGACUGUGGGAGCUUGUCCGAUGCGCGGAGACUGUUUGAUAAAAUGCGGGAGAAGAGUUCGUUCACGUGGGGAAUAAUGAUAUCAGCUUACGCGCAAAGGGGUGUUUUGGACAAAGCUUUUCAGUUGUUUUCGCUCUUGAUAGAUGCGGGAGUUGGACCGAAUUUUUCCGUCUACAUAAGUUUAUUGAGGUCAUUGAUGGACUCUUCUUGUUUGGAGAUUGGCAGACAGAUGCAUUGUCAUUUGAUAAAAACUGGGUCAGGUUCAAAUGCUUCAGUCGGCACGGCAAUUUGCAAUAUGUACGUUAAAUGCGGGUGGUUAUGGGGUGCGAGGAUCGUUUUUGAUCAGAUGGCUGAAAAGAAAGCAGUAGCUUGGACUGGAUUAAUGGUGGGGUACACUGAGGCUAACAUGAGGAAUGAUGUUCUUCAGUUGUUUGAGAAAAUGGUUAAGGAAGGUGUGGAAUUGGAUGAGUUUGUAUUCUCUAUUGUUCUCAAAGCCUGUGCUUGGUUGGAGGACUUGAGAGUAGGAAGGCAAAUUCAUGGCUACAUCGUUAAGCUGGGGUUGGAAUCUGAAGUUUCUGUGGGAACUCCUCUUGUGGACCUUUACGUGAAAUGCGCAUGUUUCGAGUCCGCUCUCAUGGCAUUUCAGAAGAUAAACAACCCAAAUGAUGUUUCCUGGAGCGCAUUGAUAUCUGGUUAUUCUCAAUCUGGUAGAGUUGAGGAGUGCCUUAAAACUUACAAAUCGUUGAGAGUUAGAGAUGGAGCACUAAAUCCAUUCAUCUACACUAGCAUUUUCCAAGCAUGCUCCACGCUUGCAGAUAUUAAUUCGGGUGCACAAGCUCACGCGGAUGCAAUAAAAAGAGGUCUGAUCUCACCUUUAUAUGGGGAGAGUGCACUAGUCACCAUGUACUCCAAAUGUGGCGACAUGGAUUAUGCCAGUCGAGUUUUCAGUUUAAUUAGUGAACCAGAUACUAUAGCGUGGACUGCUAUAAUAGCUGGGUAUGCAUAUCAUGGCAUUGCUUCAGAAGCGCUCAGGUACUUUAGGAAGAUGCAGGAUUCUGGUGCCAGGCCGAAUGGAGUCACUUUUGUUGCAGUCCUGACUGCUUGUAGCCAUUCAAGUUUGAUAACAGAGGCCAAGUGUUACUUGAAAUCAAUGAACAGUGAAUAUGGUGUCGCUCCUACGAUCGAUCAUUUUAAUUGUAUGAUUGAUGUAUACUCUCGUGCCGGUCUACUUCAAGAGGCAUUCGAACUGAUUAAUGGUAUGAACUUUGAUCCUGAUGCAAUGAGCUGGAAAUGUUUGCUGGCCGGGUGUUGGAAUCAUAGAAAUCUCAAGCUUGGAAGGAUAGCGUCAGAGAAUCUUCUUCAGCUGAACCCAGAUGAUACUGCAGGUUACAUCCUCCUGUUUAACUUGUGCGUUUCACAUGAAAAGUGGGAAGAAGCGGCGAGAAUUAGGAAGAAGAUGAUGGAAAAGAACUUGAGGAAAGAGGUCAGUUGCAGCUGGACUACGGUGAAGGGUCAAUGGCACAGGUUCAUAGUUGGUGACAGACACCAUCCUCAAACAAAGGAGAUCUACGCAAAGCUGAAGGAAAUUGACUUCCGAGAUAGUAACAGUGAAGAUUGGUCCCUAUUAAUUGAGGAGGAUGCAUCUUGUAUUUUGCCGGAGCGAAGACAUCAGCUUCUUGAACAUAGUGAGAGACUGGCAAUAGCAUUCGGGCUGCUCUCCUCGCCGAGGAAUUCACCUGUUCUCAUUUUCAAGAAUCUUCGAGCUUGCAGAGAUUGCCACGAUUUUGCCAAGCAUGUGUCUAGUGUGGCUGAACGGGAGAUCAUAAUUAGAGACUCGAGUAGGUUCCAUCAUUUUAAGCUUGGUCAGUGUUCUUGCGGUGAUCAUUGGUGAAUGUCGCACUUACCAUCCUCUCUACUUGCCUUGACGACCCAAGCUGCGUGAUUGGUAGGUUACAGAAUGGCCAUUUUUUUGGUUCGUAAACACCUCAUUCAUAAUGUUAUGCCUAUGUAGAUUCUA